GGCGCCGGAGACCCCUUCACCAUGCCAGAGGGAGCCCGCCGGGGCAGCACCAAGAAAGGAGGCAAGGCAGCGCCCCGGCCCUCGUCCGUCUCUUCGUUGGGUGGCAUCGGCUCCAGCAUGGCAUCGGACCCCAUUUUGGGGAGCUGCAGCUCGGUGAACACCGUCUGUUCGGACAGCGACCGCCCCGUCAGCCUCAGCUCCUCCGCCUCCUCUGCUUCUCUGCAAGACAGCCAGAGCGCCUUCGGCAGCAGCGGCGGGCUGGGGGGCUGCCCCGCCUCGUACCCGCACCAGAACGGCAGCGACAUCAGCCUGGACCUCACGCCGCUGACCCUGCUGGACAGCCCGGGAGAGGCCCGUCGGGCUUCCAAGCCCUGCGGCUGGGCUGCGAGCCCGGGCCGGGGCAAAGAACGGCGGGCGAAGCUCUCCCACCUGGACCGGGUGGUGCUGGAGAUCGUGGAAACCGAACAGGCCUACGUGCGGGACCUCCGGAGCAUCGUGGAGGAUUACCUGGGAUGCAUCAUAGAUUGUGGACAGCUGCCACUCAAGCCCGAGCAGGUGAAUGCUCUCUUCUGCAAUAUCGAGGAUAUUUACGAAUUCAACAGGGAGCUGCUGGAAGAUUUGGAAAGGAGCGCCAGCGCUUGUGCGGUUGCAGAGUGCUUCGUUCAAAGAAGUGAAGAAUUUGAUAUCUACACCUUGUACUGCAUGAACUACCCCAACUCUGUCUCCGUGCUGCGGGAAUGCAUGGAAAACGACUCCCUGGCCAGGUUCUUCCGCGAGAGGCAAGCCACGCUCUCGCACUCGCUGCCGCUGGAGACCUACCUCCUGAAGCCCGUCCAGAGGAUCCUCAAGUAUCAUCUCCUUCUGCAGGAGCUAGCGAAACAUUACGAUAAGAGCAGCCCCGGCUACGAGGCCGUGGAAGAGGCCAGCAUCACCAUGACCGCCGUGGCCUGGUACAUCAACGACAUGAAACGCAAGCAGGAGCACGCCAUCCGGCUGAAGGAGAUCCAGGAGCGGCUGGUGGGGUGGACGGGCCCGGAGCUGGGGGCCUUUGGGGAGCUGGUGCUGGAGGGGCAGUUCAGGGUGCCGCGCGCCCGCAAGGAGCGGGUCUUCUUCCUCCUCAGCAAGGUGAUCCUGAUCACAAAGCGACGCGGAGAAGCCUUCGUCUACAAGAGCCACAUCUUUUGCUGUAACCUGGCCCUGCAGGAGAACACGAAGGACCCGCUGAGCUUCCGGAUCUCUGACCUCUCCAUCCCCAAACAACAACACCUGGUUCAGGUGAAAAACCAAGAAGAGAAACGGCUGUGGAUCCACUACCUGAAGCGACUGAUAGUGGAGAACCACCCGGCCUCCAUUCCUCAGAAGGCAAAACAAGUCCUGCUGGAGAACAGCUUCCAGAAUUCCCCAGAGGUCUUCACAGACUCCCCGAAGAAGCCCCUGCCUUCCCCUCGGCUGGACGAGUCCAAGGGCUGCACCCGUGGCCGGCGGCAGUCAGAGCCUCCCGAAUUCAUGUAUAGCCCCGAGAGGGCCCGGCGAAGCUGCCCCAUCCUACUGCUGGAGAAGAGUGGAUCCUAUCGCCGUGGCCGCAGGCAGUCUGAACCAGCCAAGGAGUCUGAGGGAUCGUUUCAUCAGGCGAACAUGAUUGAGUUAAAGCACGCCGACAGCGACGGAGAACUCUUCCCGGCCGCUGAGCCCCUCCACCCCUCCGGCAGCUCCUACACUCUGGCUUCCAGCUUGGCAGAGGCUGACCCGGGAGAUUCUGACCCAGAGGAAGUGGAAGCGGAGUUCUCUCUGCCCGAAGAGCCCAUCCCUGCCAAUCUGUCCAUCACCGAAGAGAUCCUGGAGCUGCUGAGCCAGCGUGGCCUGGACAAGGAAAAAGGGACCGUUUUGGGACCAGUGAACUGGGAGAUGACCAGCAUGGAGGCACAGGAUCAACCCUUACAAAGCGAUGCCCUGGAAGAACUGGAGGAGGAGAAGGAGGAGCCGGACUUCCAGGAGGACACACUCUUUGAGCCCCCUGACGCUCUGUCCCAAAGCAACUCCCUCCAAGAACGGCCCCCUCCGCUGCUCGGUCCCUCCUUUGCCAGCGACUCCUCGGAAGGAGAGGAGCAGCAGCAGCAGGAAGAAGAGAGCGGCCCGUCUCCUCUUCACGUCUUGGAGGAGUUGGCCUCGGAAGAAGUCUGCAGCAAGCCGGAAGACGCCGGCGGCGAGGUCUGCUCCGAGCAGGAGGCAGCUGACAGGGAGAGCCCCCCCCAGGGGGAUGGGGAGAGGUCCCAGCAGCCACCCCCGGGCCCCCAAAGCUCAUUGGUUGGCAUGGACCAAGAAGAGAAGGCCUGCAAGCGGGAGUCAACCCUGAGCAAGGACGACUGGCUGCUGAUUGAGAAGAUCAAGAGUUAUUAUGAGGGCGCAGAGGCGCUGGCCAGGGCACCCGGGCUGAGCAAGAAGGAGUGCCCACCUUCUGUGCCCACCGGCGUGGUGCGGGACUCCGUCCUGCGGUUCAACAGCAUCUUACGGCAAAACGAUGCCCAGGAUGGGGGGGUGGGCGGGGCCAAGUCCAGAAAGCCACGACCAGUACCCGGCUCCUCCGAUCGUGAUCAUCCUGGCAGGAGCCGGAGCCAAUCGUGUAACACCAAAUUGCCUUCCUGCCACGAGGCUCCCACGGAAGGGCGGGAUGAGCCGGCCCCAAGCCUGGAGCGUUCCGGGAGGGGGAGGAGCCAGUCUGAUGGUAGCCAAUCACCAGAGAGGCCGGAACUUUCCCGUGGUGGAGAUGCCCAGAUGUUGGAUACCAGCUGUAAGGAUUCUGAAAAGGGGCGGAGCUCGUCUGUGGGCAUCCAGUCGAAUAACCCCCAAAACGAUGCUGGCCAAGAAAGGAAGCAUCACAGGUCCCAAAGCAGAUGUGGCUUAGAGGAGGGGGUGGAGCCUGUAGAGGCUGAGUUCAAGUCCUGCGCAGAGAUCCGGAAAGCUUGGCAGGAGAAAGAACGGAGUGUCCUGGACACCCCGAAGACAGGCGGUGACAAAAAGGGCAAGAGGGAACUGUAUUGCACCCCAAAGACUCCCCUGUAUGUAGAACCUUUGUGCAUUGUGGAGGAUUCAGACCUGGAGGACUCCCCCUCCGUUCCAAGCAGGCAUACGGAGCAUGGAGCACGGUGCAGAGCGGCAGAAAGCAGGCCGGCGGCGGCAGUUGCCAAUGGAUCUUCCGGCUACCUCCCGUCGCUGGACCUCUAUGAGAACGGGGACCCGUGUCUCCUGGAGAACUCGGAACGGAUAAUCAGCAAAGUCCACGCCUUGGCUAAGAUGUAUAGCGAGAAGAUCAGCAGGCUGAAAGCGCAAAAGAAGGGGCUGGAGAAGCCGAGAGGACGGCCGGGGGCUUCCCCGAGGAGGGCUGGCGGCAGGAGCCUGGUCGGGGUGCAGGACGGGAGGAUGGGAGCCGGCAUCCCCCACUGUGAGCCACGAAUCUACGGCCACAUCCUCGUCCACGAGUCCCUCCAGCAUGUGAUCGGCGUCCAGGAGAACAUUCCUCUCGUGGCUGCCACCCGAGGAACCGCUCUUGACCUGCACAGUGAGAGGCCCCGCCCGCUCCUUUCUCCAGAUCUCCUGGUUCCGCUGAGGCAGGCAUCGCAGGGCCACGAUUCUCACAACUGGGGCGCUGCGUCAAAUGCUUUGCUGCACAUUGGCAAUGAGGAGAUUCCUGCUGCCGGCAAAGGUAGAGGAUGCCUGGGAGCAGAUUCCCCUUCUCCUGCAUGCAACGUGGAAUCUGGGAUCCCAGCAGACCCCAAUAAGGAGGACUGUGACAUGGGGGCCCCGACCCCACACCCCAAAUCCCUGGACAAGGCAACAGUUGUGCUCACAAAUGCGGAGGACUCUGCAGAUACACGGGAGCCAGGCAGGGAGAGGAGGGAGGCUGAGCAUCUGUUGGGGGCUGCUGAGAUCCAUCCAGGGGUCUCAGUGGAAACAGCAAACUCCAGCAUUUCCCUGAAAUCCCAGCAGAGCCACGGUGACCUAAAGGCAGGACGUUUGGCCAUCUUCUCCAGCCCUGCAGAGGAACUAAAGGCCACGUUAUCCGAUUCCUCCGCUGUGUGCCCAGGAGAGCAGGGCUUGCCACAGAUGCAGGAGUCCUGUUGUCCCUUGCUGGGCAGUGGGCCGAGGCAAGAGUCCCGCAUGGUUUUGGAGAAAAGGGCACCCAGCCCUUCCCUGGAGACGGUUGAGCUCAAAGAAGCUGAUGGACAGAUGUUGGGUACCAGUGGCGAAGAUGCCAAAACCAUGCCAGGAUCCUGCACCCAGGAAUUCAUGAACCCCACCCCUCUCCCCGCGGCUGCGAAUGUCACCACUGCCCUACCGCUGCCCUCCUCUGGAAGUGCAGAGGCAUCGUUGCCUAAGAAUGUCUCGCACCCGUCGCCUCCCAAAGUGGGAACCCCCAUCCAGGAGCCCCCUCCCCCCACCCGCAGCAACUCCCAGGCAGCGGUGGAGCCCCCAGUCUCCGUCCCGGAGCAGCCUCCCUCCACGCCUCUCCCAAAGCUGCUCCCCCCUUCCCCGGUCCGCCGGUGCCUCUCGUCCAGCGCCGCCGCCAUCUCCAGGUACAUUGCGGCUUCUUGCAUCAGUCAGAGCUUGGCCAGGAAAAACGGGGGCCCUCAGGCCGAGGAGCUGUGGGCUCCUUGCAGGCCUCUCCGACCCAGCCAGGCUCCGCCGAGACACCCAGCCAAUCCUCUGGCUCUGCUCCCCAAAGGGGCACCCAAAGCCCCCGGCGGCUGGGGGAAGGCGGAGGCCGGGUGUCCGCGGGACGCUUCGCAGGCCGGCCGUGGCCCCCGCUGCCUCAGCCCGGGGCCUUUGACGCCCACUCGCCAACAGGCCUGGUCGGCCGCGGGCCUGGCCUCUGAGCGCCGCCCUCCGUUCUCCUCUGCCUCCGAGCCCAACUCCCGGGUCCAGUCGCCCUCCCCCAUGAAGCCCAGCAGGGUCUGCUCCCCGCCUCCGGCCGGGUCCCAAGCGUGCACGUUCACCCCUCUCGGUGUCCAUCCUCCUGGGCAGCCCCCUGCCCACGUUGCCUCCCCGGUGCCACAGACGCUGAACCCUGCCGCCCCAGGGCCAACCGUUUUCCCUCAGUGUGGCUGGAGGCCUCGAGGGAACAGCCUACCCGGCAGCGGGCUGACGGAGAGCGUGGCCGCAAACAGGGACCGGGCCUUGUCGUGGUGUGCCGUGGGGCCUGCCUGCGACAGCCCCGGCCCGACAACUGGGGCUCCCCUCGCUUCUCACGAACUCGGCAGCAUCAAGUGGCCAAACGUGCCGGGUCUGCGUUCGAAGUACGGGAGCGCCGAACUUAGGCCAAGCCCCCAGCGGAGGGAACCUGAGGGGGACAGCUGUCCCAAAUGGGACCCCCCCGUGACCACGGACGUGGCUCGAUGUGCAGAGAAGAACCACCAAAGGGCCAGCUAUUCCACGACGGUCAACAUCCAGAUUGGUGGCAGUGGUCGGAUAGCCUCUUUUAGCAAUGCCCAGGUCAGUUUGACCCACCCGCUUCUGGCCACCCCAGAGCAGCCGAGCAUCAGGAAGGUGAAGGGCAGCGCCUUGGAGACACCGCAGCAAACGUGA